GUGGUAGAAGUGUGCGGAAAAACAAGCCUUGGUGGUGUCUGCGGCGGCGUGUCUUGCAUCAGCUGUUGUUGUUGUUACACAAGUCACAAGGCCGCCCAGGACGGGAGACGGGAUGAAAGGCAGGCCAGGUUUGGGCAGCAUUUAUUGACCAGCUUCAGAAAGCUGAUGAGGUUUAAGUAUAAUUGUUGUAGCUGAUGGAAGGAUGGAGCGAGUGAGUCACCAUGCAAGGAGGGCUGUGUGGAGCCGAGCCAGUGUGCUGUGCUCCUUGGUGCGCCGGUGUCCACCACGCCUGUCUCAGCCUCACUCACAGAGAACUUUUGCUGCCUACUUCCCAUCAAGAACGACGACCUUCAUUCACAAGUACAAACAAGCAUUGCCUUCUUCAACAUGGACAAAAAUUAACCGGGAGUUUGUUGCUGUCACAAAGCUUCUUGAGAGAUCUGGAGUAAAGGAAUGCCAACAACAUGACCUAUUACGCUGCUAUCUCCAUACAAGUCCCCCCCAGCCCAACCAACCUGGCCAGGGAGGGAUGCCAGGCAGAGGAGGAGCUGGCCAGCCACAGGGAGGUUCAGGGAGCAAUGGCAACAAAGACAAUGAUGAUGAGAAGAAGGGCAUGCUGGCCAAGGCUGCAUUGUGGAUGCUGACAGCCUAUAUGUUCAUUGCCAUCAUCUCCCUCCUCUUUCCAGGCAGCAACCAACCUGAGAUUGCUCGCUAUGUGUCUUGGAAUGAGUUUGUGCAUCAAAUGCUGGCACACGGGGAAGUGGAGGAGCUCAUUGUGCGGCCUGACCUGGACAUUGUGACCAUCAUCCUGCAUGAGGGUGCUGUUGUCAAGGGCAAGAAGAUGGAACAAAGAACUUAUCACAUGAAUAUAGUGGACCUGCAGCAUUUUGAGGAAAGGCUGAGAGAAGCAGAGAGUAACUUGGGGAUACGGCCAGACCAGGGGAUCCCAGUGGUGUAUGAACGGAGUGGAGACACAGCAAGUCGUCUGCUGGCCUCUAUUAUUGUGGUGGCCAUCAUUGUCUCCCUCCUUUCUCGUAACAUGAACAUUCGAGGCCCGCUGGGCAUGGAGGGAAUGUCUCAGAUGACUCGUGCCAAGUUCACCAUCAUUGAUCCUCUGCUGCCGGGGUCAGGGCGGGGCGUCAAGUUCUCUGACGUAGCAGGUGCCAAAGAGGCCAAGCAGGAAGUCAUGGAAUUUGUUGACUUUCUAAAGAAUCCUGAUAAAUACAGAACUCUUGGAGCCAAGGUCCCUAAGGGUGCACUACUGCUCGGCCCUCCUGGUUGUGGUAAGACUUUGUUGGCCAAAGCUGUGGCCACUGAGGGCCAGAUACCUUUCUUAGCUAUGAAUGGAUCUGAAUUUACAGAGAUGAUUGGUGGACUGGGCGCUGCCAGAGUCAGAGAUUUGUUCAAGGAAGCAAAAAAGCGUGCACCAUGCAUCGUGUACAUUGAUGAGCUUGAUGCGAUAGGCCGCCAGAGGUCCAGUGGACAGAGUGGCUUUGAUGGAGGCUCUGGAGAGUCUGAGCAGACACUCAAUCAGUUGCUGGUGGAGAUGGAUGGUAUUGGCUCCAAGGAAGGGGUUGUUCUACUUGCCUCCACCAAUAGACUGGACAUCCUGGACAAGGCACUUUUGCGGCCUGGGAGAUUCGACCGGCACAUCAUGAUGGACCUGCCCAACCAGGAGGAGCGUCGAGAGAUCUUUGAGCACCACCUUAAAAGCAUCGUCCUUCAGAAGCCAGCAAGUUACUAUUCCCGAAGGAUGGCUUCUCUCACUCUUGGGUUUAGUGGUGCCGACAUAGCCAAUGUUGUGAAUGAGGCCGCCCUGCAUGCUGCUAGGUAUGGUAAGAAAGUUGUGUCAGCUCUGGAUUUGGAGUAUGCAGUGGAGCGGGUGGUUGGUGGCACAGAGAAGAGAUCACAGGCUCUGUCUCCAGAAGAAAGGCGUGUUGUAGCUUACCAUGAGUCAGGUCAUGCCCUGAUAGGCUGGCUCAUGGAGCAUACAGAUGCACUACUCAAGGUAACCAUAGUGCCAAGAACCAGCCAAGCCCUUGGUUUUGCUCAGUAUGUGCCCAAGGAUCAAAAACUUUUCACUCAGCAUGAGCUGUUUGAAAAGAUGUGUAUGGCUCUUGGAGGUCGUGUGGCUGAAUCUCUGGUGUUCAACAGAGUCACCACAGGAGCUCAGAAUGACCUGGAAAAAGUCACCAAGAUGGCUUAUGCUAUGGUUCGGACAUUUGGAUUUAGCGAUGCUGUUGGUCUGGUGUCGUAUCCUGAGGAGGAGAGCAGAGAGUUUGGAGUGCGGCCAUAUUCUGACAAUCUAGAAGCAGUCAUGGAGAAAGAAGUCUCUAGUCUUAUAUUUUCAGCUUACAAGAAGACUGAAGAAGUUCUGCAGUCAAAUAUGGAUAAGUUGAAAUUGCUGGCAGAAGCACUGCUGCAGAAGGAGACCUUGAAUUAUGAUGACGUGAAGGCUGUGCUUGGACCAAUGCCCCACGCCAACAAGGUGUUGGUGGAGCCUAUCCAGUUUGAAGGAGAGAUCAACACGUGGAAGGAAGCUGGCAAGCAAGCCUGAGGUGUGGAGACUUGUAAAUAGUUGUUAGACAAGUUUACUUACUGCAGAGUGUACAGUCACCUUUUGAGUAUGCAAGGUUAAGAUACAAGAAGUGAUGUCUGUAAGACAAAUACAAUAAACUAUUUAUUUUAUACUUCA